ACUGGUGAUAAGUGCGAACCAUAAACCCAUAAUCUUAGUCUGAAAUCCCAGAAAGAAAUUAAUACAUACCUCCAGGAGUUGGGCUUAACAAAUCUCUCAUUUGCCCAUCCAAUUCCUCAACCUCAACUAUCUCGGCGUGUAUCCAUCUUGGCCAUUAUUACAUUGCGACUGCAUAUCUAAAGUUCCGAAGAUCAAAAGAGCUGGACAAGCGAGCGGUCUCCCACAGCUGCACCCACCACACAGCCAGUGAUCCGAAACAGAAGCAUUCCCAUCAAUUUCACACGAAACCGGAUCUGGACAUCCGUUUCCCCGUCAUAGUCUCAAAUCUCAGUGGGGGGCCGUUGGACCUGAAAGGAUUCUUCUCCCGGGGUUGCUUCCCAAAUUACCCUCAAUUCCUGGUGGAAGACAUCAUUGAAUGAGGAUACCUUUAUUAUUAACAAAAGGUUUCCCAGUCAAGGCAUCUGGCAUUUGGCAGAACAUCAGUUUCCACCUUCUGCCUUCAACUUUGUCAACUCCCACCUCGUUUCUCAUUAGUUAAUCAUAAAACUUCAAGCAUCAUCAGAUAACCCCCUUUCCACGAAUCAUCAACCCACAUCAGCCUUAGAAGCAGAUUGCUCUUCAAGAACCGGAAACUGAUAAUUUCUCACUCGUUGACUUCUGCUACGCUCCCAAAAUUCAUCUUCUGGUAAACAGGCCGACAGAACAGCAAAACCACACCUUCAGUCUCAGCGCAUUUUAGGUUUGAAGAGGCGUCCCAAUCGAAACGCAGCACAUUUCCGUUUCCCCCACCCGAAUCUGGAAGAAUUGUUUGAUCAUCUUCUACGACUUAGGUACUGCACGAGCAGACAAGGCGCGACGCUUAGAAUUUUUGUUUAUCAACCAAUUUCAACAAAUAUUGCAGCCUGUCCAUCAGGACUGGUCGUAUUUGAAUUUGUGUGCUUCCUGCCUCUCUUAGGCACUAGAGUUGUUAUAAAGCAAAAGGCCAGCGCUAUUCGAAUAUCCUCGUCUGAAAGAUAGAUUUGGUGUCAGUUGCUAGUCACGUUAGUGUCGAAGCCAAGAUAUCCGAAAGAAGAAUAUCAUCAAGGCGCCGUAAGGAGAAGGGUCUGACACUGCGGUGGAAGACAUAUCUAUCGGGAGAUUGAGCGCCACAUCCCAAAGUAUUCGCGAGUCCACUGAAACAACAUUGGAUUACAAACACAUCAACAUACGCAGGAGAUACAAUCAUAAAAUUUCAUCCAAAUCCGACAAUCGGCUGGCAUCUGCUUAUUAGUUAAAAAUUACGAGGAAAAAAGAGCCAGAAAAAAGGGAGAUCGCCUCACAUUCCGGCGAAAGAUUUGCAUCUGUAUAUUUAACUGCUAUCAACAAGUAACAAGAGCUCAGCCCUGAAUAUCCACGUCGCGCACAAAAACAGGCAUUCCAGCCUUUAGUGUUCACCGAAGUCUAGUCAGGAAUUCACGACGUGGCGAGCUGCUCUUCUCUUCCGGGAUAUUUGUAUGAAGGCCCCAUCUGUCUUCUUGAUCCUGCGUUUCUGCUGUGUGUGCUCACUUCGGUCGUUGAACCGGUUUGGAGUGUUGGCGAUUCGACAGUGACUUGCAAAAGGCCAACUGGCACAACGGCAGACAAGUGAAGGCUGAAUUUGCGCCCUCAGAAGCCAAAAAACCAAAGGAAGUUCACAUUUACCUUGCCACGUUUCCCAGGCAUCUUGUUUGCAAUUUGUGAAUCAGAAAUACUGGAUAGCCUUUGGUACUGUGGUGCAUCUCAUUCAACUUUCCAGCUGACAUCAAACCAGUCCAUGUCUUCAGCUAUUAUAGCUAUUAUCUCAGUCUCUCCUCUGCGUUGCCCAUCCAAUAUUCAUCCUCGUCGGAAUGAUCGAAAGAAAGAAAUCCAGUGGGACACCAGGCAAGCGUAGGCUGUCAUUCCAUAGCGGCUCGGAGUCGCUAGAUAAAAGAGUGAAGCAAGAACACUUUGACACCCUUGACCUAGUUUCCCAAGAAGUAGAUUCUAAUUAUGCGGAUUGCGACCCUCCCCUCACAGCGUCAUCUUCAAGAUUCCCUCAGUCAACUUCCUCAUUUUCGUCACCUUCUAACUCGGUUGAUGGGGAUGAUCGUGACAGGCCCCAAAGACCGCCUCCGCAUCCCUCAAAUAGUACAAGCGAUGGCAGCAACAGUACUGCGAGAUCUCAACACAAUCAGCAGAGUGCAUAUCAGUUCGGUUGGUCUAAUACAGAGAGCGGCACGUCGUCUUUCUCAACUACUUCACAGUCCCAACCGUCCUCGAAGUCCUCUAGUCGCCAAAGGCCUGCUUCAAAUCCAUCUGCCCAGAUAGCCGCAGCUUCUCAGCAAUCAAGUUCGCCUAUCACCUUCAAUGUCUCAGCCGGUCAGCCACUUGUCAAUCCGCCGCCGAAAACGCAGGCGGCCUUUGUGGGGAAGCUGUAUUCUAUGUUAGAAGAUGAGGACAUCGCUAAGACAGGAUUAAUCUAUUGGUCUGCCAAUGGCACAACCUUUACGUGCCCUAAUCCCACCGAGUUCUCAAAAGUGGUUUUGCCUCGAUAUUUCAAGCACAAUAAUUGGCAAAGCUUUGUACGCCAAUUAAACAUGUACUCGUUUAAUAAAGUCAACGAUAUAUAUUCAACUUCCACCGAUCCUCAAGCUUGGGAAUUCAGACACAGCCUUUUUCGCCGUGGCGAAGCGCAUCUGCUUCCCAGCAUUAAGAGGAAAUCGUCCCGACCCAGUGCCCCCGAUGGCUCUAAUACUGUCACGUCACCCACUGAUGAACUGCCUCCUAGUACUUCUAACCCGAUUAAACCUGUGGCAGGCUGGAUGAGAGAUGCUGUACCAGUCCCUUAUCGCAUGCCAUCUCCUCCUCAUAUCCAUGGCCAACCUCAAAGGUCAGCCACCUAUCCUUACAGCGAUGGGUUUGCUACUCGCAAAGACGAUGGUCGCUCUCCAACGCGUGGUAUGGCUUGGGAUCCACUUCCCGCAGUUCAACGCAUGCCCCCGCCUCCAGAUAAUCAGAUCCCAAUACGUUAUCAUCCAGAUCCUAAUCGUCCGGUUCUUACAACACAGCGCUUCUAUCACCCUGGAUAUCCAGAAUCACCUCUAUAUGGGCCGGCGCAUUCGCCCAGUGCAGAAACUCUUCUCAACCAAAUGUCUGUCUUGGAAGACAAGGUGCAAAAGCUCACAGACGUGCUGAAUAAUGAUCGUAUUGAGCAUGUGCGAAACAACCUCGACUUCACGAGCUACCUCUUACAGAUGAUUGGAUGGGCUGCAGGUGAUCAGCAUGCUUCACCCGAACUGCGGGCGCUACAAGAUACUCUGAGUCGCCAAAACGCCGAUAUGCGCCAUAAGUAUGAAGCGUUCAUGGCUUCUGACGCGUUAGCUAUCAUGGCGAGUGGUGGGGGACGAGAGCGCUCCGAUAGUAGGGACAGUACUCGUGAGCGAAACGCUCGCCUGGGCUUUGAGAUACCGCCUUUUCCAGGACAUCCUCACCCUUCUAUUACGGACCUUCGCUUGCCUCAAACCGCCCAGUCUAGUUCAUCAGCUAUCUUAUCCCAACGUGCAGCUCCUCGAACUUCUCCUCGAAACUCUACGUCCUCUGAUCUUCUAUUGACACGGCCUUCAACUAGUGAGUCUAUAAGAGAAAGGGAGAUAUACCCAACCUACUUCCCUCCUCAAACCUCUCAUGGUAUUGGACCCGCUUCGUCAAUCCCUUCGAGAGGUCCGGAAACUAUAACUCCAUCUCUAUAUGGUGGCGGACCAUCAGUACCUCCUCCGCUCUACAGGCCGGCACCCAUCGUUGAAAAGCACCGAGAGAUUGAGAAAGGAGAGGAACACAAAGAUAUGAAUGGGCCUUCCACGGUGGAGCUAGGUAGAGAAGAGCGGGAUAACGAAGACUCGCGUAUGACGAUGGCAGGGGAAGAAGCAGAGAGCAAAACGGGAUUACGAAACCUCCUCAAUUGACGUUAUCUGCCUGGUGAACAGCGCUCCCAAGAAUAAUAAUUUCAGAAAGGAACAUUGUGUCGAAUAGCGAAGAUGGGAUGAAGGAAGGAAAGAAGGUUACAUCUAAAAAGGAAGAUCUUGGCCAGCUCGUUUGUGUGUGCUCUUGAUAGUUGCGAAACGGGCAUUUAUAUAAACCAUAUCUUAUCAGGCAUCUUGAGUCAUUUUACUUGCCAUUCACCACAGCUAAUUCAAAUAAGUUUACGUCAACUGCAUUGUUAUUAUUAUUAUAGUCUCUCAAAAUAUGCAUUAUCAUCGACAGAG